GGCUAAACGAAACGUGCUGGUGGCACAUUUAAACUUCUGAGUGUACAGGAGCGCACCCUGGCACRGCGUGCGGCAGCGGCUUGGUGGGGAUUGCUGGAAAAGUUCAGGUUUCCUGAAUGGCAAACCAGGUUUAUGCUAAGACAUGGUAACUGACUUUGAUGAAAAACAUGACGAAUAUUUAAUAUCCCUUCAGCAGAGAAACCGGCUGCAGGAGCGGUUAAAACGAAAAGAUCCCAUGCAAAUCAAACUGGAACAGUUGGAAAAAGGAUUUUCUUUGUAUGUGAAUGGAGCUAACUCAGAGCUGAGAAAAUACCGCAGGAAAAUCACCCCCCACAGCUUCCUGAGAAACAGGGCAAAGCCCACCAGGACAAAGGAAGCAGUGCAGCUGGAAGAGAGUGGGCUGCAAGAGCACAGCACUCAGACUGCCCCGAGCAAGGUGCGACGCAGGAAUUGGCUUCAGAAAACUGUGGCAAUUAAAACAGAACAAGGGGAUAAACUCUACAUCAAACCAUCUCUGGUGUACUCUGAUGAUUUUGAACCAUAUGAAAGCUUGAAUGUGGAGAGCAGCAGUGAUGAAGAUGAUGGUCCUCUCUCCCAGCAGGAAYUGAGGAGCAGCUUGCAGCGCUGUGUGGAAGAGGAGAGGAUGGAAGAAGACUCCCUUAGUGAUGAUUAUGACUCUGUUGAGGAGGAUGUGUUUUCAGAGCCAUCUCCCACUGAGGAAGCAAUUACAGGCUUUGAAGGCCUUCAGCUGGAUAGCAGUGGGGCACUGCAGAAAGAARCUUCUGAGCAUGGGGAUGCUGGGAGAUGCUCUGCCCUUGAUUCCGGUGCCCUGACGGUGCUGGAGUCCAACCAGGAUCAAAGCAAAGUGAAGCCAGUGAAAGUUCUCUCAGCCAAAAGAAAGGACAGUGCUGAGGUGUACAUUCCUGUCAAACCAGUCGUGCUGAAAAAUAAAGUCACUCGRCCCCUCUCUGCUGAGUUCUUGCAUCAGGACAGACAUGAAAAAAWUUGUUCUAAACCCUUAAGUCGACCAGAAACAUCCCUUUCAGUCACUAGGAAGAGUGUGUGUGAGAAGGACCCUGACCUCUCUGUUUCAGCUGUGGUUCAAGCAGUGCAGAUUGAGAAUGAAUUCUUGCAGGGAGAUCUGCAAAGGCAAACAGUGGCCACAACCCCUCAGAAGAAGACAUUUUGUGUUUCACCUCUUCUUUCUGCAAUGACUGAACCUCCAGAAAAACGCCAGACAAGGACUUCAGUCACAAGAGCUGUGGAGAGAUUCAGCCCUUUUGGGAGCAGACAAAAGAAGAGACACCUGAAAGCCUUUGCAGAGCGUGGGAGCCAUUCUGCCUGGGACAAUGACAGAGCCAUUGCUGGUGACAAAGCUGGAGUGGAUUCCACGUGCAGAGAGAAGAUGACAGCCAGCAUGGAAGUGCACGAUGCCAUUUAUGUGACUAUGGAGCUUCUUUCMAACUGGGGGGAUCCAGCAAGCGUGGGCCUGAGGCAGGUGGAAUUCUUUGAUUUGCACAACGAGAAGAUGUUUGUGUCUCCUCAUGACGUGGACAUUCGAAAUGCUGACAACGCAGGGGAUUUGUGCUGCCUGGUCAACAAGAACCUCAAUCUCACCAAGGAAAGCUGCCUGUGGAUGUGCCCUUUCCACCCACCCGUCCAACUCUACUUUGUUAUCCGCAAUCCCACCCGCUCACGUGACUUUGGUAUAUCCAAGAUCAAGAUUUGGAAUUACAGCACCACAACUCCCAGUGACCUUGAUGUUGGAGCAAAGAAGGUGAAGUUGUACGUGGAUGAGAACCUCGUGUUUGAUGGUGAAUUAGGGAGAGCUUCUGGAGAUCUCCUUGCUGACCACACCACCACAAUUGACCUUACAGACCCCAAACAAAACCCCUCAGCACCUCCCUCAGCUGAGAGGGAAGAACUGAAUGCAUCUGCAGCCCCAGACAAGAAAGCAGAGCUACAUUUUCAAUGCUCAGARUCAAACAGUACCUCCCUGAACUGGAAAGCUCUGCCAGAAGAAAAUCUUCCUGAGCUGAAGAUGAACUCAAUCAGCUUUACAAAGAAAAAUUUGUCUCAGUUGGAGGAUGAUCUAAAACCAUUCCCAUCUCAAGUUUGUGUAAAAGAUGCCAAAGAGGAGGCAGCRGUUCCAGAGCACGUUCAGUCUGAUGAUGAGCUCAGUCUGAGCGAGCAAAUGGAGAAGUUGACAGGAAGGAAAUUAUCAGAUUCUGCAGGUUCAGUUCCUUCCUGGCUGCAGUCAUCCUCCCARGUGACACACAACAAUCAGCCUACCCCCAGCAGGCAGAAGCCACCAUGGCUUGCCACAGAACAGAGUUUAAACUCGAGAUUUCAAACUCAGCCAGAUGAAAUCAUGACAAACUUUUCAGAGCUGAUAAAUGAGGAUGUCAAAUGUCCGAGAAAUGAACUGGGAGGACUCAGUAGUAGAAAUGCAACUGGAGAUGGGAGAUCACAARUGUUAUCCAGAAAGGAUGCUGAGGUGGACUUGGACAUUUUUGAGCAACUUUCUAACAAAAACUGUGGCAGUUUACAGUACCCUACGAGUGGAAGGAGGAGUGUCAUGUGUGGUAAAAAGCUGGGGUUAAACACCAUAAAUGUGGGAGAAGAUGAUUCUGCUGUCAAAGAUGAAGACUUUCCCGUCAAGGACGUGGCAACCUCUAGAAUGAAGUGGUGUAGUGAACAAGAACACACUCUGCAGGAGUCCUGGAACUCCUUGGUGAAAUUUAAUUACUCCCACCGUGGCCGCAUCUCCAACAUGGAUUUUCAAGGGGAUAUCUUUGAUGAGUUUCUGCAUCAACAAAAAAUCAACCGUCCYGGAGAGCAUCAGAGAAAAGAGGGAUCACAAGCACUGCCAAAGAGGCAKGAAGAAGAAAAUUCUGUGGAGAUACAGGAUGGAAGCGAUUUUAAAAUCCCUGUUUUACCUUGUGGGCAGCACUUGGUGAUAGACAUCCGCACCACGUGGGGAGACAGACAUUACGUUGGUCUGAAUGGCAUUGAAGUGUUCAGCUCCAAGGGAGAGCCUGUGCACAUUGCAAAAAUAACAGCUGAACCCCCUGAUAUAAAUAUUCUACCAGCUUAUGGCAACGAUCCCAGGGUAGUAACCAACCUGAUCGAUGGGGUGAAUCGCACCCAGGAUGACAUGCACCUCUGGCUGGCACCCUUCACCCCUGGGAAACCUCACUUUGUCUUCCUGGACUUUGUGAGUUCCUGUCAGGUAGCCAUGAUUAGGAUUUGGAAUUACAAUAAAUCCCGCAUCCACUCCUUCCGAGGUGUGAAAGACAUCAUCAUGCUGUUGGAUGAGCAGUGCAUCUUUARAGGAGAGAUUGCCAAAGCCUCGGGAACCUUGUCUGGAGCUCCAGAACACUUUGGGGAUACCAUACUGUUCACUACUGACGAUGAUAUCCUUGAAGCCAUUUACUGCUAYGAUGAGACCUAUGAUGGAGAAAUGGGAGAUUCCAGCUGCCUGAGAUACGAGGAAGAGCUGAAGAGACCAACAACUGCUGACAGGGAGGGAGAUGAGAGACCUUUUACACAGGCAGGGCUGAGAACAGAGGGUCAACAGGUUCAAGAGCCAGACUCUGUUUCUGAAUGUAUGCCAAAGGAAACAGGAAUAUUUACUGGCAAAUGCCUGCAGCUGAACUUCACCAUGACCUGGGGAGACUCUCAUUACCUGGGACUGACAGGASUUGAAGUGAUAGGGAAGGAUGGCCAAGCAUUAAAAAUAAAUGCAGAACAGAUUUCUGCUUCACCCCAAGACUUAAAUGAUCUCCCUGAGUACACAGGAGACUCCAGAACGUUAGAAAAGUUAAUAGAUGGCACUAAUAUCACAGUGGAGGAUGACCAUAUGUGGCUCAUUCCCUUCUCUUUUGGAGAAGAUCAUCUGCUCACAAUCCAUUUUGAUAAAAUGGAAAGCGUUGCAGGGCUUCGCUUUUGGAACUACAAUAAAUCUCCAGAGGAUACCUACAGAGGGGCUAAGGUGGUCCAUGUGACUCUGGAUGGGCACAGCAUUUCYCCCCCAGAGGGGUUCCUCAUCCGCAAGGGACCAGGCAACUGCCACUUUGACUUUGCCCAAGAAAUUCUCUUUCUUGACUAYCUUCAGCCUCAGCCAGCUCCUAGAGUACACAGGAGGACUGCUUCAAAGACACUAGAACAAGCCAGCAUGGACUAUGAGGCACCAUUAAUGCCCUGUGGUUUUAUUUUCCAGUUCCAGCUCCUGACGAGUUGGGGUGAUCCCUACUACAUUGGUUUGAAUGGGCUGGAGCUGUUCAACGAGCACGGAGAGCCCGUUUCCCUCACUGAGAACAAUAUUGCUGCUUUUCCAGAUAGCGUCAACAUUUUAGAAGAUGUAUCUGGAGACAUCCGGACUCCAGACAAGCUGAUUGACAGAGUAAACAACACCACUGAUGGCAGACACAUGUGGCUGGCACCAGUUCUUCCUGGUUUGGUGAAUAGGGUAUAUGUCAUUUUUGAUGUACCUACUACCGUGUCAAUGAUCAAGUUAUGGAAUUAUGCCAAGACGCCUCAGAGAGGUGUGAAGGAGUUUGGUCUUCUGGUGGAUGAUUUGCUGGUGUACAAUGGGAUUCUGGACAUGGUGAGCCGUGUGGUGUCAGGCAUCCUCCCAACGUGUGACCCUGUGAUCCCCUACCACACCAUCCUCUUCACGGAYGAUGAGAGGAUUUGCCAGCAGGAGAGGAGAACCGUUAUCAGCAAUCAUGUGGAGGACCAGGAUGUCCGGAUGAUGAAUGAAAAUGAGAUUGUCACCACCAGCAAAAAGAAACGAGCUGUGGCUGAUCCGGCUCUGCGCCCCAAAACCUGCAUUUGUGAGAAAGGACUGCAGAGGAGGAAGAGAUAACAAGGGAAGACCUGAAUGCAUCCAGUCCUGAGUAAUUUCAAUCCAGAUCUCCAAGAUUUGCAUAUCCUAAUGGAAGAUUUUCCAUGUCUGCUGCUGCUGARCUGCUCCUCUUGUGAGGAGGAGUUUUAUUUGCUGUGGGAAGUUUUCUUCAGAAUGAAAUCUAAAGCAUGAAUUCAGUUUCCUGGUUUUUUGGGUUUUUUAAAGUGGUCAUGAUCUGUCUGAAUUUUYCCCCUUAUCUCAUAUUUGAAAAUCCAGGGAAGAAGGAACAUAGAGGAGAGAGUGAGAACCUUUCUGCUGACAACUGUUCCUGCCAAGUACUGAGAACCUGGGUGAAGCAGGAUGGUUACAACCACAAGGUUUUUAGAUUAUUUCUAAAGCUUUUACUCCUAAAUUCUGGCUGGAUGAUCAUGAAGAUCCUCACUGGAAGGAGGUGUUGCUUUAUUUGUGAUGCCUGUAAAUAGUUCUCUGGGAAAUGCACUUAUUAGAGGAAAUGCUCCUUGACUGUCUGUCUCUGGGCAUGUUUUGAUGCCAGGGCUGUCUGUAGGAGCUGACACUGUUUCUGACACCUAGACAGCUUCCACUGGGCUUGCAGAAGUGUGAUGGAUGCUUUCAGGAAAUGGAGAUCAGGAAGUGGGUUUAUCAAGGUUUAACAAGUGCAUUUCAGCUGUCACCUUUUCAUGUUCUGCAGUGAAAUAAUUAUUUCUUUCAUCAUUUCCAUUACUGUGGAAAAAGCAAGUGAGGUGUUCUGCCUGGAGUGCCGCUGACAGGCACUCURCUCAUGCUUCAGAGCUCUCCUGCUACAGAGCAAUGUUUUUUCUCCUAUUUUGCCUGAAUUUAUAUGAACAAGGAGGCCAUGCCUCUGUGCUGCACUAACCAGAUGUUGCUAGCAACAGAUCAUCACUUCUGAGAAAUGCUAAAUGCCUUUUCAUUAGCAUGAGGUAAGGAGAGAAGUGCAUUUUUAGACAGAA